AUGACAUCGGAAAUACCCAAACCACCUGGAAUCCCUAUCCUAGGGAAUGUGUUUGAUGUGAACCCCAACGACACAUGGAUUUCGUUAAUCAAACUCUCACAAAAAUACGGCCCGAUUUUCAAAAUUAAUGUUCUGGGAAAACAGAUCGUUUUCGUGAGCAAUGUCGCCCUGCUAGAAGAAAUAUGCGACGAACGACGAUUCCGAAAAUGCGUCGUCGGCCCCAUUGUGGAGAUGCGACAACUAGCCCACGACUGUCUCUUCACAGCUUACGACUCCGAAAAGAUAUGGGGUAUCGCCCAUCGCAUCAUGGCACCAUACGUGACACAACUAGCAACAGACCAAGGAUUCAAGGAUAUGGCCAAAGUGAUCCCCGAUAUCACGGAGAGAUGGACGUCCGGACCCAAGAAGCGAGUUCUCUUCACCAGUGACCUUGAUCGUUUACUCAUGACAUCAGUCAUGCAAAGCUUCUACAAUCAGAGAAUCGAAGUUCUCGAGGGAGCCGAGCCUCCACUCAUUCAAGCCUGGAAAUCAAUAACCGAUGAAGCGAUGAAGCGACCUAAUCGUCCAAAACUCCUGAACUCGUUACUCUACGACCGCGGCUUCAAGAAUAACAUCAAGCUCAUGCGUGAUUACGCGGCCAACAUUGUGAAAACGCGAAAGGAGAAGCCACUUCAAUCUCGGGAUGACCUCCUCUACGGAUUACUCAACAAUUCUGACCCCGAGACCGGCGAGAAACUCGAUGAAUCACGAGUUAUUGAUGAAGUGGUAACAAUGUUCAUUGGAGCAGCGACUGCACCAAACCUCGUCGCAUACGCUCUCUACUACCUUGUCAAGAAUCCCGAGGCGGUUGCGAAAGCAAGACUCGAGCUUGACCGGGUCGUUGGUCCCGAUGGGGAGUUCCAACUUGAACAUAUCAAAAGUCUUGAAUACUGCGAAGCUAUAAUCCGCGAGUCUCUUCGUCUUUCCGCUGUGGCACCGGGAUUCAACAUCGAGCCCAUUCCAACAGAUGAUAAGAGUCCGGUAUUGCUUGGUGGGGGUCAAUAUCAGAUCCCACAUAAUCAAGCCAUCAUAUCGGUUCUGUACACUGUGAACCGAGAUCCAGAUGUCUUUGAAGAUCCUGAGGCCUUUAUCCCGGAGCGUGUUAUGGGUGAGAAGUGGGACAAGCUUCCGAUGGGAGCAAAGAGGAAUUUUGGAAAUGGUAAACGACAAUGCUAUGGCACGACGUGGGCAUGGAGAUGGUCCAUCUUUACGCUGGCGAGUAUUAUCAAGGAUGUUGAUUUCGAAUUUGAGAAUCCAGAGUACAAGCUGGAGUCUAAUGGGGCCUUCAGUUUGAAUCCACUCAACUUUUAUGGUCUCGUUAGUCCUCGGCAAAGAUAA